AUGGAUUUGAACGCCGAGUGUAAGGGAGGAGAUGGGUUCAUUGACAGAAGCAGAGUCAGAAUUUUGCUUUGUGACAAUGAUUCCAAGAGUUUGGGAGAGGUUUUCACACUCCUCUCACAGUGUUCUUAUCAAGUGACUACGGUGAAGUCAGCAAGGCAGGUGAUUGAUGCACUAAAUGCAGAGGGACCUGAUAUCGAUAUUAUACUGGCAGAGAUUGAUCUCCCAAUGGCCAAGGGUAUGAAGAUGCUGAGGUACAUCACGCGAGACAAAGAUCUUCGGAGAAUCCCUGUGAUAAUGAUGUCGAGGCAAGACGAGGUCCCUGUUGUGGUGAAGUGCUUGAAGCUAGGUGCAGCUGACUACCUAGUGAAGCCUCUGAGGACCAACGAGCUUCUUAAUUUGUGGACACACAUGUGGAGAAGAAGACGCAUGCUAGGGCUUGCUGAGAAGAAUAUGUUGAGCUAUGAUUUUGAUCUGGCGGGAUCUGAUCCAAGUGAUCAGAACACAAAUAGUACCAACCUGUUCUCUGACGACACAGAUGACAGAAGUCUUAGGUCCAACAACCUGCAGAGAGGAGCUUUAAGCCAACAGGAAAAUGAGUGGCCUGUUGCUAUUGCUUCUGUUUAUGGUGGUGACGUUGGUCUUGGUCCUGACGGCACAGCCACUUCAACUCCUGCUGUUGCUGCUAUAGAGCCUCCAUCAAAUCAUCUUGCUGGCUCUCACCAUGAGCCAAUCAAAAGAAAUACGCAAUUUUCUUCUGCACCAAAGAAAAGUAGAUUGAAGAUUGGAGAAUCUUCAGCCUUCUUCACAUAUGUCAAGUCUACUGUUCUUGGAACCAACUGUCAGGAUCCUCCAAAUGGCUCGCUUCAUCUUCAUCCGGGGAUGGCGGAGAAGCUUCAAGUGGUGGCCAGUGAGGUGAUCAACAAAGCCAAACAAGCAUGCGGAGUUGGAGAGACGGAGAAAAACUAUCAUCCUCAAGAAGAUAACUUACAGAAUGGCGCCAGCUAUCCAACUCCCCUUGAGCGGUCUCGCACGCUUCCCACAUCAAUGGAACUUCAUAGUAAGAGUUACCAGGAAGGAGCCCGGGUUGCUAUGAACAGAAGUAAAGACUCAUCUCAAGUUGAUGCUUCGGGUUUCACUGCACAAAGUGCCUAUCCUUACUAUAUGCAUGGGGUCAUGAACCAAGUUAUGAUGCAGUCAGCAGCAAUGAUGCCUCAAUACGGUCAUCAACUUCCUCAUUGCCCACCUAAUCAUCAUCUGAAUGGAAUGGCAGGGUUUCCUUAUUACCACCACCCAAUGAACACAUCGUUACAGCACAGUCAGAUGUCACAGAGUGGUCAGGUGUCUAUACAGAAUGGUCAUAUGUCUUUACAGAAUGGCCAGAUGUCUAUGGUUCAUCAUUCUUGGUCACCGGUAGGGAAUGCGCCUUCAAACGAGGUGAGGGUGGUGAGUAAACUUGACAGAAGAGAGGAAGCUCUGCUGAAAUUUAGACGUAAAAGGAACCAAAGGUGUUUUGAUAAGAAGAUUAGGUAUGUGAACAGGAAGCGCCUUGCUGAGAGGAGACCGCGUGUUAAGGGUCAGUUUGUUAGGAAAAUGAACGGCGUGAAUGUUGAUUUGAACGGACAGCCUGACUCUGCUGACUAUGAUGACGAGGAAGAGGAGGAAGAAGAAGAAGAAGAAGAGGACAAUCGGGACUCAUCUCCUCAGGAUGAUGCUCUGGAAACUUGA